UCAGUUAGUUCUUUUCACAGGGAUCCUAUUUCAUAAACUUAGCCCCAGUUUGUGUUUUUUUAAAAACAGAUACCUUAAAAAAGCAUUUGGGAAACUUGAGCAUCCAGUGUGUAGCCUGCAUCCUCCUCUCUGAUCCAUCAUGCUGCAAACCCUGCUGCUGUUGCUACUAACCCUCCUGUGCCUUGGGAAUCAGCUCAGCCCAGCCAUUGGCUGUCAGCUGCCAUCAGAGUGGAGACCCCUGAGCGAAAGUUGCAGGGCUGAGCUGGCAGAAAUUAUUGUGUAUGCCAAAGUGUUGGCACUACACCAGGAUAUGUACAGCAUGUACAACUAUUUACCCUGGCAAUAUGAAGCCAGCGAUGGGGGACUCUUCUACUCAGCCGAGAUCGAGAUGCUGUGUGAUCAGGCGUGGGGGAGCAUGCUGGAAGUUCCUGCUGGAUCCAGGCUCAACCUGACGGGACUCGGGUAUUUCUCCUGCCACUCUCACACAGUCAUGCAGGAUUACGCCUAUUUCUUCUUCCUCAGAAUGGAUGAGAAUUACAAUCUCCUUCCACAUGGAGUAAAUUUCCAGGAUGCAAUAUUUCCAGAUACUCAGGAAAACAGACAGAUGUUUUCCAGUCUGUUCCAGUUUUCCAACUGUACUCAAGGGCAACAUGUGAUAACUUUCUCCAGUGACUGGCAGAUUCAAGAAGACAACAGGCUCAUGUGCUCAUCGAUCCAGAAAGCUUUGUUUGAUGAAGAAGAACGUGUGAAGAUGCUCCAGCAAAAGGUAGCAACCCUAGAGAAGCGCAACAAACAGCUGCGGGAUCGAGUGAAGAAAGUCAAAAGGUCGCUCAGGCAAGCCAGGAAGAACACCAGGCAUAUAGAACUGAUCAACCGGAAACUCAGUGAGAAACUGUCCUCUGCAGGAGGCCAGAUGCCACACAUGAAUGCUUUAAAGCAAGCAAACUCUCAUGGCACAUAUCUUAAAGUAUAAUGCCAGGUUUGGUGCUGCAGGCUAUGAUACUGGUACAACUCUCCGCUGUAUUACAAUCCAAAAGGGGCAUUGAAAGACCCUUGGCUGUGCUAUGUCUGGCUCUAAAACACACACACACACACACACACAUUUACAUUAUGCUUAAACAUGAUUCAAAAGGUCCAAAUUUAUAGUUGCCUGGGAGUAGUGUAGACAGGAAUAAACUAUCAUCAGGUUGGUGUUGUUUUUUUAAAGUUACAUUUGAGUCAAAUUAGGUGCAGAUAUUAAGGCACCUUGAGUCUGGGCCCAGUGAAUAGUCCAAGAGCACCCUAUGUUGUGGCAUAGCUAUAAUGUGCAACUGAAGCUAAGUGGGUUUGGACCUGACCAGUGCCUAGAUGGGAGGCCACCAGGAAGCCACAGGUAAGCAGGUCUGAACUUCCCAAGGAAGAGGAGGUUAUAUGUGUGAGGUGUUUUGUUUUUAAUGUUGGUACAAAUCUUCGUAUGAAUGCAGUGAUUCCAGUAAGUAAUUCUGGUUCUGGCCAGAGUGUUAAAAUCUGGUUUCCAACUAAAGAUGUCACCUGGCAGUUUUUAAAACAGACCAAGAAAUGUUUUUCUUUCUUAAAUUAUUCUGUUGUAAAAUUAAAAUGCAGACUUGCCGUAUGUUUCAACAUUUCCAGGAUGCAACCCAGCUCUAUUUAAAUAUGUUUACUUAUGCUAGUACUCAGAGUUUCCUCAAUAGAAAAUUCAUCUUUCUCUCGUCAGUAUCAUUCUUCUCAAAUAUAACAUUUCAAAUUAUUA